AUGACGGCGCGGCGGGUCGCGCAGUCUCGCGUCGCCCCCGCCGCGGCGUCGCGCGCGAGGGCGCUCCGCGUCGUCGCGAAAGACUACCCGAAGCCGGAUAAGAUCUCGGACACGGACAACUACCGCGAGGGCGCCGCGCUGUCGCAAAAGUUCAAGGAGCUCAAGGGCAUGGGGAAGAAGAAGAAGGUGGCCAUCGUCGGCGGCGGCCUCUCCGGCCUCGCGUGCGCGAAAUACCUCGUCGACGCUGGGCACGAGCCCAUCGUCCUCGAGGGACGCGACGUCCUCGGCGGCAAGGUCAGCGCGUGGCAGGACAAGGACGGCGACUGGAUCGAGACCGGCCUCCACAUCUUCUUCGGCGCGUACCCGAACAUGAUGAACCUCUUCGCGGAGCUCGACAUCGAGGAUCGACUGCAGUGGAAAGUGCACAAGAUGAUCUUCGCGAUGCAGGAGCUCCCCGGAGAGUUCACGACGUUCGACUUCAUGAAGGGCAUCCCCGCGCCGCUGAACUUUGGACUCGCGAUCCUUCUCAACCAGAAGAUGUUGUCGCUCCCGGAGAAGCUUCAGACCGCGCCGCCGCUCAUCCCGAUGCUCAUCGAGGGCCAAGAUUUCAUCGACGCGCAAGACGAGCUCAGCGUCCUCGACUUCAUGCGCAAGUACGGCAUGCCCGAGCGCAUCAACGAGGAGGUGUUCAUCUCCAUGGCGAAGGCGCUCGAUUUCAUCGACCCGGAUAAGCUCUCGAUGACCGUCGUCCUGACCGCGAUGAACCGCUUCUUGAACGAGACGGACGGGCUUCAGAUGGCGUUUCUCGACGGGAACCAGCCGGAUCGCCUCUGCGCGCCGAUGGCGGAUCACGUCAAAGCCGGCGGCGGCGAGGUCCGCAUGAAAGCCCGCCUCAAGGAGUUCGUCCUGAACGACGACGGCAGCGUGAAGUGCCUCAAGAUGACGAACGGCGAAGAGAUCGUCGCGGACGAGUACGUCAGCGCGGUGCCCGUGGACGUCAUGAAGCGCCUCCUCCCGAAGAAGUGGUCCAACAUGCCGUUCUUCCAUCAGAUUCAAAACCUCGAGGGCAUCCCGGUGAUCAACAUCCACUUGUGGUUCGACCGCAAGCUCCAGAACGUGGACCACCUGUGCUUCUCGCGCUCGCCGCUGCUGUCCGUCUACGCGGACAUGUCCACGACGUGCAAGGAGUACUACGACGAGGAGAAGUCGAUGCUCGAGCUCGUCUUCGCGCCGUGCUCGCCCCUCGCCGGCGGCAACACGAACUGGAUCGCGAAGAGCAACCAGGAGAUCGUCGACGCGACGAUGAAGGAGCUCGAGCGCCUCUUCCCGCUCGAGAUCGGCCCGGGGAGCCCCGACGGCGUCGGCGCGAAGCUCCUGAAGCACGCGGUCGUGAAGACGCCCCGCAGCGUCUACGCCGCCAUCCCGGGCCGGAACAAGUACCGCCCGAGUCAGGCCACGCCCAUCAGCAACUUCACGCUCGCGGGGGACUGGACGUCGCAGAAGUUCUUGGGGAGCAUGGAGGGCGCCGUGCUCGGAGGGAAGCUCGCCGCGGAGGUCGUGACGGACAAGGCGAUCUACGGCGGGCCGACCAAGGGGAUCAAAAAGAUUGUCCCGGACGUCGUGAAGGAGGCGAACGCGAUGGAGGCGAGAGAGCCGGAGGGUUCGAAGGGCGAGUCCGAGCUGUCGUACGGCGCCGGGUGCGUGAUGGGCGAGGAGCAGGAGAAGGAGCUCGCGGUGUUCGACCCGGAGCAGAUGGUGACGAUGGACAACUACGUCGCGAGGGAGUCCAUCCCGGUGUCGCGAUAG